UGUCACUCGUGGACGGCGAGUUCUUGCACAGUUUACAGCAGUUACUCUCUUCCGUACGUUGAUUUGUAAGUUAUGCUGUGAAUUUUCGCUCUUUAAAUCCUCAAUCUUGUGUGUGUCGUCAUUCCUCCAAUCAAGAAGGAAAAUUGACAAUAGAAACGUUGGGACAUAACAAGCGAAGUACAAUUUUUGGAGCUCUAAUAACGAAAAUUUUAACAUGACGACGGAAGAGAAGUUUAACGCGGCUGUGAACGUAAUUAGGAGCUUGCCAAAAAACGGAGCUUACCAACCUAGCAAUGAAAUUAUGCUACGUUUUUAUUCUUAUUACAAACAAGCUACAGAAGGACCAUGCCAGCAACCAAAACCAGGUUUUUGGGAGGUAAUAAAAAAAGCAAAAUGGGAUGCUUGGCAACGUUUAGGCAAUAUGAGUCGUACAGAAGCUAUGAACAAUUAUGUAGAAGAAUUAAAAAAAAUAGUUGAAACUAUGUCAUAUACAGACAAUGUAGCAACAUUUUUGGGUAGUUUGGAUUCGUUUUAUGAGAGUGUACCUGUUGAAGAUUUAGAAUUGCUUGUUGGACCAGUUUUAAAUCGUAUGCGCACACAGCCGACUUCACCAUUGUCAGGUUCUCCUUUAGCAUCUAGAGAAACAUCGCCACAUAGAGUUUGCAAUACAUCAAGACAUAUAACAAGUAGCUUAGAAACAAGUCCAGCUAGCAGUCACAGUGCAAGUCCUUUACCACCUGAUACAGAUGGUGAAGAAGAAGAAUUUAUUGAUACAGUUGAAUCUGCUCCAGAUCGAACACAAAAAGAUGCCAUAAAAUCUUCUGUAAAUAUUCAGAAAACAAGUAUUACAUUUAAUACUUCAGAUGAUGAUGCAAACAAGCAGCAAAGCACUACCAAGGGAAAUUCAUUAGAGUUAAUUAAUGGUCAUGCUAAGACAAAUGAUCUUACUGAAAUAAAUGUAGAUACGAAACAAGAAAGAGGUCGGCAAAGAAUAAGGAAAGAUGAUAAAAUAAAUGCUGAAUUUUUUAGCCAAAUAGCAUCAACAAUGCAAAAUUUACAACGAGAUCUCGAUCGAAUAACCGCACGAGUACGCAGUUUAGAAGGUCAAGCUCUUCAAGCACUAUCGCCUUUAAGAGAGCAAAAUAAUAAUCGAUUUUAUCCAAAAUGGUGGCCUUUUCCAGAAUGUUCGCCACGAAUGUUUACUCUACUUAUAUUAUGGCCGUUUGUAGCACAAAUUCUUAUCUCUCUUACACAACGGUAUCGUCAACGGAGACUGUGAUUUUUUAAUGUUUAUAUUAUUAUUAAUCUGAAUACUAUGUUUAUAAUUAGGAUACGUUAAACAUAUACAGAGAUUAUUAUCAUUUAAGUUUAUAUAUACGACAUAUUCUAAAGGCUAUAAUUCUAAAGAGAAUUUGUUUAUAUGAAUAAAUUUUUCAUGGUAUUUGAUCAAGUUAUAAACAUAAUAAGAUUAAAAGAAAUUUUAAGUGCAAUAUAAAUAAUUCUAAAUAUUAAAAUUAAUCUUUUCAAAAUUCAAUAGAAGUAUACUUGUUCAUUAUAUAAAUAAAUCCAAAUUUUAAAAAUAUAAUUCAUGACAAUAGUAUACAUAUAUAUAAAGAUUUAUAAAAAAUGGUUUUUCAUUCUUAGUAUUUAAUUAAUCUCUGUAUAUCUAUUUUUCAUAAAGGUGUAUGCAAUUGGAUUUAAAGGUGAAUUAUGUUAUAUUUAUACAUUUCAUAAUAUAAUAUAUACAUAAAAAUUUUGUAUUGUAAAUGUAGACUAUAAAGUUAGAAUUAUUAUCCAUAUAUACAGUACUUUUUUCUUGAUUGUUCGUAAAAUGAUUUAUGUGAACAUUAUUUUUUAAUAAAAAUUUGGAAAUAAUAACUUAUUGAUAUAAUUUAGUGCUUCCAUGAGUACUACAUUAUUAUAAGAAAAACAUAAAACAUUAUACAUGUGUCCACAUGCAGCGCGCACAUACGCACGUACACACACAGAAUACAUAGAGAGAGAAAGAGAAAAUGCAUAUACUUCAUAUUUCAAUUGUA